UAAGCAUCAUAAUGUAAAUAUCUGAUGUGCAGGGUUUCUGAUCUGUGACCCCCAAAGGGUUCUCAACCCAUAGUUUGAGAAUAGCUAGUUACCCUAGAUGUUCAAGCCUCUCCUAUAGGCGGCAUAGUAAAGUCCAGAGUGGAAAUGCUUGCCUUCAAUCCUAGCACUCAGGAGGCAGAAACACAUGAUCUCUGUGAGUUCGAGGCCAGCCUGGUGUACAUAAUGAGUUCUAGGACAGCCAGGACUACAUAAAGAAACCCUUUCUCAAAAAAAAAAUUAAAUUGAAAUAAAAUGUCGCAGCAUUUUCAGAGAACCUACCGGGAGUCACCACUUGAUGACAUUAGGCCUUUUAGGUGUGAACACCUGUAUUGUCUAGAUAGCCGUAGCCUGAUGACAUAGUCCUUAGAUUGGGAUUGAUUCCAUCCUUGCAUUCACUAUCUGUGGAUACAGAACACCAGUUGCAUAGCAUCGAGGUAUUGUGGGACUCUGUCUGAGAAGUUUGGAAACAGCUGCGAAACUCUGGCUAGAGUGAGAAAGCGGAGGAUGCUUAGGCGAGGGUGAGAACACGGGUUCCCCGUGCAGGAUUCGGUAGGGCUUGGGAAGGGAAGGUCUUUAGACUGCUCUAGGAGGGAGAUGAGUAUCUUGGAGCGUUGUGAGCAGAGGGCCUUGACCCGACUGAAGUACCCUGAGAUGCUGCCUGGUGGCCUCGAACGAGCAAGAAAGUGGGAGGUUGAGGUCCUUGUGAGUCCUCAGUACAACCUCUGAGGUAGAGACUGUUAGAGGCAUCGUACUGCUGAAGAGGAAGCUGAAGCCCAAAGUGGUUAUCUUGCAUCAGGGUGCACAGCCAAGAAACUGCAGGACAGCGCAUGAAACCCUAAAGUCCCACUGAAGGGAGCAAUGUCACUGAGUGGAUAAAUGAGGGUCUCAGGAUUAGAAAGACUCCUGAGCCUCUGCCCCCUAGACCUGCCUUCCUUGAUUCUCAUGGUCCCCAUCGAGCAGAGUCAGCCCCCACUGGGACUCCCAGCAGGCUGGGAGGAGCUGUGGGAUUGGCCAGGUCAGCUUGCCUUCCUUCCCUGCUGUGCUCCCAGAACCACCCCUGGGCUGCCCAGGAGGGGAUAGUGGUGAAAAGCAGGUCUCUGAGGACCCAGACUGACACUCUAGACAGCAGGGUCCAUUUCAGAGGACCCUGAGCCCACUCUAAGACAGACGGACAACUGCACAGCUAAGUGAUGCUCCGUGGCCAGUUAACCACGCUGCUGGGUCUGCUCAGUGGGGCGUGGCUACCCACAGCCUCAGGGAGGCCUGGGCCCCCAUCUACCCCUGCUCAGGCCUGGGCCCCUGCCAAUCAGAGCUGGACUCUGGAUCCUCUGGUACCAGCCUUUGCCCUGGGUAGCUGGAAGGCCUUCCUGGGCCUGCAAGACAAACAGCAGGGUGCGGUUGGACCACAGGGAGGGCAGAGAGUGGCUGCUGGUGUGUCUUUGCCCUUGCUCCCCCAAGAAGUACUCCAGGAGACUUGUAAGAUUGUGGCCUUUGUUCAGGUGCUUUCCAGGCCAGGCUGCACAACCGCCAGGGUCCUUAAUCAUCUCUGUUUCGGUCACUGUUCCUCCUUCUACAUCCCCAGUUCGGAUCCCACCCCAGAAGUCCUCUGCAACAGCUGUAUGCCCGCUCAAAAGCGCCGGACUUCGGUGGUGCUGUGGUGUGGAACUGGCCACACAGCCUCCCCUCGGCGAGUGAGGAUGUCCGUCACCCUGGUGCAGAAGUGUCAGUGCCGUCCGAAGCUGUGAGCUGAUCAGGAGGACUGCACAGCACAGCACAUGGGAAGAAGCAGGAGAUGCGGCAGAAAGACGUGACUUGAAUGAUGUGCAUCAGGUCAAGAGAGCAGGGUUAGAAGGACAGAUGGACAGGUCCACAAGAUCCUCAUCUUGAUCCUGGAACACGAGUCGUGGUCUGCCAGUCAUGGGUUUAGACCACUAAUAGUCAUAGCAUGUGGGCUGGGUUGUUAAGUCAGCGGGAAAGGACUUACCUACCAUGCGUGAAGCCCUGCGUUCCAUUCUUAACGCGGGGAUGUGUGGCGGGAAAAGGUGACGACUGGCUGUAGUGUGUGAUUCACAGGGCCCUGCAAGGGAAGGGAUACUCCUUCCACAGGCGCUAACUCACAGCAUCCUCAAAGAUCAGCCCUCAGUGGUUCCACAGGGUAGGAUUUCACCACAGGUCGUUUUGCAGAUGAGGAAACUGAAGCCAUUGAGGCAUUAUCACCUGGGGUGGGGAGUGGGGAGUGGGGGAUGGAGGGGCGUCGAGACACAGACCUUGCGCACGCGCAGCACAGCUCCCCAUUGAGCCCCCUCCCCCAGCCUGGGUUUCCGCUGUUGACCACGAGGUGGCACUGCAUCUCUCUGUCCGAGCCAGACACUUCUGCUAGGAAGGAUGACAGCAGCACCCAAACCCAGACACUCAGCAAAGAUGACCCCGUUCUAGGGACACCAGAAAAACAGCAGCAGCAGCAGCAACAACAACAAAAAACCAUGGCAGGCAAGCGGGAAGCAGCUGCUGGGAAACUUGGCCCCAACCAAAGGCGACCCCGAGUGUGCGCAGCUGCUUCUCUCAUUGACAGUGGCUGGGGUUUCCCUUAUUGCCCCAUCCGAGUCCCCGCAGCAGCCCCACGCCCAGCCUGGCAUUCCACGGGAAUCAUAAAGGUUGGCCAAGUCCA